AUGGCGCUCGAGUCGCUCCGGUACCAGCGCGGGUCCCUCGAGGUCCUGAACCAGCGGCUGCUGCGGGGCAGCUUCCGCUAUGAGCGUGGGGGACGUGAGCGGGCCUGGGGGCCAUUCCGGGACAUGGAGGUUCGGGGGGCUCCUGCCAUCGCCCUGGUGGGCUGCCUGAGCCUGGCGGUGGAGCUGGCGGGGGGCUCGGGCCCCACGGAGGAUUUGGGGGCGCUGGAGGAGUUCGUGGGGCAGAGGUUGGGGUCCUGCUGGGGCCCGGCCCACGGCCAGUCACAUUGGCCCGUCGAGGCCCAGCGGCUCCGGCCUUCUCCGCACCAGGUCGAGACCCCCGGCGGUCACCCCCAGCAGCUCAAGCGCAGCAUCAUCGAGUACAUCGAGGGGCUCCUGGAGAAGGACCGGGGGGACAACCGGAGCAUCGGGGAACACGGGGCCCGGCACAUCCUCCAGGGGGUCCCGGGGGGGGGCCCC